AUGGCAGAUCCGACAGUCCCCCCCGAUCUCGCCUCGAUCCUGGCCACUCUCGCACAAUUCGCUCCUCAGCAACAAGAGCAACAACAAGCACCACCUCCAGCAGCCACAACUCCAACCAUUACGGAUCCUAGACUACAAAGACGCCAGCAGCAAGACGCCCAAUCAUCAUUCCAGCCUUCUUAUGAAAAACACCCCAAACAAGUCGACCAUUCUUCAAGUUCUUAUAAUCCCCAAGCUGCUGUCUUCCAACCUGUAAAACCACAAGGAAGAUCAACACCCCAGCCACCAAGGAUAUCUACACCUCAACAAGAGCAGCAGACAAUUAUCGACCCAGCAACGAUUACCGAAUGGUCUGCCGGCCUUAGAUGUGUCACCAAGAUCGCUGCGCAGAAUCCCAUGUUCGCAGACAAAAUUCGAGGGUUGAUUAAAGAUCAAAGAAGUAACGAGAUGGCAUGGUAUCAGAACAGACAAACAGUCAAGCAGAUGCAAGCAAAGAGAUCUGCUAGUGCGAACGAGCUUCAAAACAUCCUCAAAUCUGUCGGAGGCACAGGCAUCAACACACCACAAACAGCAGAAGAAAAAGCCGCCGAACUUGCCGCAUUCGAUCAAAAACUAUACAAAGCACAAUUGGCCAUGAACGAAUCCAUGUCACAAGUCUUGAAACACCUAGGCGUGCCUUUCUUCGGCACUCACGCAGCGUUGAUCCUGCCAGACCAUGAUGGUAAUGGAGAUCAGAAUGAGAAGAAAGAUGAACAGAUUGUGGAUGCUCAGGGAGAAAGGCCAAAAUGGUCACCACGUGUUACGGCCAAGGAAUUGAUGGAGUUGAAGAGGAAGAUGGUUGGGUACUUGGAAGAUAUGUACAAGACUUGAUGAGUGAUAUCCUUGACCUGAAAAGAGUUGGAAGACCGAUUGAGUGGAAAGAAGAAGCAUUGCUCUGGUGGAUCCGGAGAGAAGUAUAACGAAGAUUAUGGCUACAACUUUGCAUUGAUAGAAGAUUGAUAAGAUGGACGAAAAUUGACGCCUCAUCCUGUGAUCUCCUC